UUUCCUGUUCGUUGUUCUCUGUUCGCAGAUAGUGUGCUAAUUUUAGUAUAGACUGCGUCGUAUUUUAAUUCUUACUGUAUAAUAUUAUAAGUUAUUCUUAUUUUUUUCAUAAGCAUUUAAAGUUUAUAGUUGUGUAAAUUAGAUAUUGAAGUUAAUAUUACAUAAAACGACUAGGGUGGUACUUUUGCGUUUAGACGGGGAGCCAUCUUGCAAUCUCUAAUCAAAGGUCCUUGGCUCACAGUUUCGUCUAGUUGAAAGCCGAUUUAUUCCAUCAUAAAAUAAUCAAAUGGCGUUAAAACGAAUUAAUAGGGAAUUACAAGACCUCGGCAGAGACCCCCCAGCACAAUGUUCUGCAGGCCCACACGGUGAAGAUCUUUUCCACUGGCAAGCCACAAUUAUGGGUCCAGUUGACAGUCCCUAUCAAGGAGGCGUAUUCUUCCUCACCAUACAUUUUCCAACAGAUUACCCGUUCAAACCACCAAAAGUUGCAUUCACAACACGUAUUUACCAUCCCAACAUAAACAGUAAUGGUUCCAUUUGCCUCGACAUUCUGCGCUCACAGUGGUCUCCGGCACUCACCAUAUCCAAAGUGUUGCUCUCAAUCUGCUCACUGCUAUGCGAUCCAAACCCAGAUGACCCAUUGGUGCCAGAAAUCGCUAGGAUCUACAAAACGGACAGAGAAAAGUACAAUGAACUAGCCCGCGAGUGGACAAGGAAGUAUGCCAUGUGAUGAGUCAAUGGUGGACAGCAACAUACACAUCGCCACAGCCCGGGCUCUAACCCCUCCCCGUUCCUGCUCCCUGUUUUUUGAAUUCCCCCCAUGACCCAAAUUUACCGAUAAUUGUAUAAAUAUUCAAUGUCACCUUAGAAUCAAUCUAACUUCAAGUCAUUUCCUAUAAUUUUAAACUGGAAUUAUUGCAUCUAAGUAAACACGGUACACAUGUGCAAAUAUAGUUUCUGUUUUAUCUAAUAAGAACAUUUUCUAUAAGAGCAAAAUUACUUUCUGUUAACAUUGAUGUGUCAGUAGAUGUCAUACAACUCAUUUAGUUGAGGGUUAGUUAAAUUUACAUUUGAAUUUAUGUAUUUCCUAAAGAAUUUGUACUUUAACUAGAUCUAAAUUGCAUUGUGAAACUGUACAAUAGCCAUAUGUUUAGGAAAUGGAGCGUUCCUUGCUUACCACUUGUCCGGUCACUUAGGAAUUUUGUCGAUGAAAUGUAAGUAAAGCUCAUAAGUGUUAAGAACAUUUUGGGUAAUGUAAGUAAGUGGUAUUACAAAAUGAGCUCGUUGACGGGAGUCGAGUGAGUGUUAAUUUUUUUUACUAGAAAAACAACUUUUUUAAGUUAGUUAAUGUAGCGUGCUACUAAGCAGACUGACAUUAAUUGAUACGGUCAGUUUUCUUUCAUCCACAAUAUUUUAUAAUGAUGGAAAACGCUCCAAUAGUUACAACAUUCAGUAUAAAUUACAGUGUAUCUCAUAAGAUGAUAAGUUACGAUUAAUCUAGAUUUUUUUCAAUAUGGCGAUCUUUAUAUUAUAAUUUUAUCUAAUAUAUAUUGUGGUUGUAAGGAUAUCUGCGUUGUGAUUUUCACGAACGUCCUGUCCUGCUAGCCACCCUGUCCUCGCGUGUACGGAGAAGCUUGUCACUUGGUAACUCUGGGAGAUAUUUCAAAUUUAAAGCUUAUUCAAAUUGUAAUCAAUCAACAACUUGUAUUUUAGCUUCACUAAAUUGUAAGAAACAAUAAAUUAUUGUGUAUGUAAAUAA